GACCUCUUAACGUCGUUUGCCUCAUCCAACUAGCCUCGGCUGUCAUUACACGAGUCUGUCUUAUCACUCCGGGACACCGUGAGUCACUUCUGGACUUGCGGUUACCGUGGCAAUUGAACAGCUGUGGAAAAAGUGGCUGGAGGCUCGUGAAGAUGGUCAGGGCUGGCAGUAUUUUGAAGUUAGCAGCGUUCAUCUUUGCAUUCUUCCUCGCUGUCUUUCUGGCUUUUCAACUGCUAGAGAUCAACCUGGAUUUUAAACUAGGCAGCAUAAUGUCUAAAUCUUUGACAGCGAAUGAAGGCUCAACAAAGCCGGUGAGGCACAAGUGUGGGCUGUCCAAGUCGUGUCCGUUUGGACACUUUGCCUUCAAGAUGGCGAGCGGAGCGGCCAGUGUGGUGGGGCCCAGGAUCUGCCUGGAGGACAAACUACUAAUGAGCGGCGUGAAGAACAAUGUGGGGAGAGGAAUCAACAUCGCUCUGGUCAAUGGGAGAACAGGGGAUGUUAUCAAGACAGACUUUUUUGAUAUGUGGGCAGGAGAUGUGGCUCCUUUAAUUAAAUUCCUGAAAGAAGUUGAAGACGGGACAGUUGUGAUGAUGGCCUCGUUUGAUGAUCCCGCAACAAAGCUUAAUGAUGAAGCCAGGAAGCUAAUUGCUGAUAUGGGCAGCUCAGUUAUCACUAAUCUGGGCUUCCGGGAUAACUGGAUCUUUGUAGGAGGGAAAGGCAUUAAAACCAAGAGUCCAUUUGAGCAGCACAUAAAGAACAGCGCAGACACCAACAAAUUUGAGGGCUGGCCUGAGGUGUUGGAGAUGGAAGGCUGCAUACCCCAGCGGCAGGACUGACAUGAGCUGUCAGCCGCCCCGUUCCCCGUAUCACCCGCCCCCAUACCCCCUCGUCCUCCUGACAUUCCUGCCCACAUGAGACUUUUUAGGGCAUACAUUUCUUUGGGCUGAGAAUGGUUAAACAACUGUCACCCUCAAAACCUUUUGUUGAAAUUCGCCUGACAGAACAACACCCCUCCAGAAGAUAUUAGCAGGAGAGAGGAGGAGCCGCCAUGACACUUCAGUCAGACCUUCUUGCACUUCUGCUUCUGUUUGGAUACCGUCAUGUAGAUGCUUACUGGGGCUUGCAAUUGGAACUAGUAGGUAGAGAGCACUGACUAGAAGGGACUUACUUUGAAUUGAUAUUGGCACACGAUCACACUUAGCUUGAUAAAAGUCUUGCGUUAUUGCACUGCUGUUGCUGGAAAUAGAUGUCAUAACCCAGGAUUAUUGGGGGGCUAAAUUCCCAUUGCCUCUACCCUGCUUUAAUCUCUGUAUCCUAUUAUUCUGUUAUUUGUUGUUUUUUUUUUUUUUUUAAUGUUUUUGUUCUAUCAUAACAUGAUUUUUUCUUUGUGUUACUUUCAGAAUUGUGUUUAUUUUUGAACAAAUCAUUAUUAACAAGGUUCAAGGACACCUCUGUUCACGAUAUUAUAACCAAAUGCACCAAAUUCACUGUGAAAUUUGUAAAUAUUCGUUUAGAGGAGGGUCCAGAUUUGAAAAGACCCUAAUUUAAUGAACAUUGUAAUAAUAAUAAUAAUAUAAUUUCUUAAAAUAAAUGAUAUUGUUAGUAAUAUGUGUGUGUGUGGAUUAGAAGUAUUUUGUUACAUCCUCAUGUGGUAAGUAGUUUUUUUUUUUUGUAGUUUUGUGUGCUCAUAUGCAGCAGACCUUGAUACUCGGAACAGUCAACAGCUGUCGCAGUAUCAGUAUAAACAUUCAGUAUCAGUUAACCUGCUAAUCAUUACCAAGUCGGUCUCGCCAUUUUACAACUGCUUUCAAAGACAUUAGAGGCUGUUAGUGUCUGAUUUAAGUCGUGUGGGUUGAAAGAAAACAGUUUUUAUACCCACACUAGGUUUUUGUUCAAGACACUUAUUUGAACCACCUGUGACUUUCUGUCUGGUUUUCAGUUUACAGUUUCUACGGAAGUUCUUUAAAUGCAGCAACUGCUUUUAAGAGGCAAUUCUUCCAAGGGAUGAAGAACUGUAAAGAGAACGCAGGCUGUAUUUUUCCAAUUUUUAAAAGGUUGCCAGUACCAGGCUCGUACAGCGGAGACAUGCCGCUAAUUGGCAAUCAGCCUAAUAUGACACAUCUGUGCAGCUGUGUUUGUAAUUGUGAUUCGGAUACUACAAUGUUAAGCUCCUUUCUCUUGUUGUUUCCCAUAACUUAUUCCACCACUUGUAUGUCACACCAGUGCUAUUAUGACUGAUUUUAAUGCAGUGAAUAUAUACAGAUUGUGAGCAAGAUGUUGUUUUACCCACACAGCGCAUACACCACACAUUUCAACUUAAAAAGAUGGAUGUGUCGAGUGCCUCUGUGACAUGCUGUCAUUGUGUUUGUCCCUUGUAUUUCUACGCUCUUUUCAAAGGUAAAAAAAAAAUGAUAUUCCUAUAUUUUUUUUUUAAAUGACUUUGUAACAUCUGUUUGGAUGAAAAACAGCCUCUUGGCUAACAGAUACAGCUGUGUAUAUUAUUGUACUCAGUCACUGUUAUAUAAAACGAUGAAUAGAAAAAAAUAAAUAAAAGUGUGAUUGUUGUACGCAUCUCUUAUUCAGUUAGUGAGGGACAGUUGAAAUGGCCUUGUGGUUACUGUGAAGAAACAAGCAGCCAUCAAUACAGGAACAAAAAUGUAGAAAGUGCAGGAUAUUGAUGUGCUGCACUACUUCCCCUUUUUCUUAUUUUGAGGUGAAGAGUGAAUAUAGCAUUUGUUUUCUUUUUUUUCAUCCUAGCCAACACUGAGCACUGCCUCUUUGGAUCUUAACACUUUCACAUUUGAUUGUGUAAUUUUUUUGGGAUGUAUUCAUGAUGAAUAAAGCUGAUACCAUGACUA